GAGUUGCUGUUCUGGCAAACCACCACCGACGCUUGCAGAAAAAUACUGCCGCAUGCCGCACACUGGGAUUUGCUUCAAUUUUCUGUGCGCAGAGAGAGAGAGAGAGAGAGUGCCGCGCUGCAAGGAAAGCAGUCGUCCACGCCACUUGAUGCGCUGAACGGCGAUUGCAUUGUACUACGAGGCUUCAGCAGGUGCUCGAUGGCUGGCACGAUGGAUGCAGCGUAUUCCGUCAUGCAUCAGCGGGUUGUGCAAGUAAUGGAAAAAAUCAAGCACUGCAAGCAUGGCGUCGGGAGCAAGAGAUGCGUCAUCAUUAGUAAAUUGCCUGCUCUCAACUUUGUGCUCUGGAAUACGCAACUCCAGCUUCAACAAACGACCCCGGGACGGAUAUGUUUGACGACUAUCUUCCCAGGACGUCAGCUUGAGAGCAUGGACGAAAGAUUGGCCCGUUUAGCGCGGUACCUUCUGAAAUUUGUUCUCCGGCGCCACCACUGCAUCGUGUCUAUCGAUAUUGAGAGCAUGAACCUACGAGAACCCACGAACGCACUGCUGCAGAUCUUAAUCCGCAAGGUACCUUCCUUGGUCAGCCUACGGAUAGCUGAUGGGUUCACAACUGCAGAAGAUCUGAGUUCCCUAGCAUCCGCUUUAGUCACGGCGUUUAGCCUCAAAGACUUACGUUUGCAAAGUGUCAUUCCCUUGAACGGCCUCUGCGCGCUCCUAUUGCACACCUUCUUUAGUAGAACAGAUACGUUGACCACUGUUUCAAUAGGCCACGUCGAGCAUGAGCACGCCUCACUGCUGCUGAAGGGACUUGAAAGAAACACUACAGUCCAGACGCUCACGUUAAGUACGUGCACCUGCUUCCAAGGUACGCCACACGGCUCCCCUCUGGUCGCGGUCUUGACCCAGAUGAACGCGCUGAGGACGCUGAACUUGAGCCGCUGCUGCUUCCAGUGUCGGAUGGGACUGAACGCCAUCAUGCAGGCGCUCGUCGACAACCGUCGCCUGUUGACGCUGUCGCUGCGCGGGUUCGCCUGUUGCGAGGCUUUCCGCGAACUGAUGCCACUACUGUUGACUCGUAACAGCGCGCUCCGCAAGUUGCACGUCCAGUAUUCCUCUGGAUACAACAUGGCGGAAUGCCCCUGCAAGAGCUUGGUGCAGAAAGGCGCAUGCUGCGCCAAUGACAGCGUCGCCGAUUACCGCGCGAGCGUCGCUCCGCUUACGGCAGGGAUUUCACGUAACGAGUGGCUGGAAGAACUGACUGUCGACCUUACAGAAUCAUCCUUGUCGGAGUGCGACAGUUUCUUCCAGAAUAUCCAGCUCAACAGAGCCCUGCGCAGGGUCGUCAUCUCGAAUAUGCGUCACGAAGACGCCGUUGAAAUAUGCGAGGCCAUUCGGCGCCACAGCGUUGGCAGGAUAGUUAGCAUACAGUGCCCGUUCGUCAUCUCGGAUUCCGUAGCGGCGGUCGUUUUGUGUAGCCAGAUGUCGUCUAUCUUAAUCGACGAAUUGCAGGUCAUCGACGAGGAACUUCUCUACAGUGCCAUGAGGCAGCUCCCUCGGUGGGACCACGUGAAAUGCGUCGCUCUUGUGUUCUCACCCAAUCAGCUGGCGUCAGUGCUUGAUCCUUUGCUCCAUUACGUGCGGACAACCACCACUCUGCGAGAGCUCCAAUUGGAAAUCGAAGGAGCUGUCGCUGAAGCGAUUAUUCGGCGAUCUCUCUUGACGACCCUUCUGGGCAACAGGAGCUUGCGAAGUCUGCGCAUCCAAGGAGGAAUGCUCGUUCGCGCAACUGAGGCGCAAGUCGUCGCUCGCGAGCUCGGCGCCAACGACACGCUCUGCCAGUUGGCCCUGUUCGAGGACCAAGAGGAAGAUGACGACCUCCUGCCAAUCCAGGUGCUGCUGAUUUGGCUGUUUCCAGAUCUUAGCGCGAACUUCACUCUCUGCGAACUGGAACACGAGGCGGUGCCGUACUCGACAAACUUACAGUUAUUGCAGGCAGUGCUGAACCGCAACCGCGAAUACGCGAUGCGCGCGGCGCACUAUGCAGUGGGCACCGACCGCAGCGACUACUGCAGCCGCGCCAUGAGACUCGUGUGGGACAAUCCACAGGUGCUCCUCAACGUCAUGGAAAUGGCGUCCAUCCGAGAGGACGAGGCGGCAGCCAGGAUCCAGCGAACGCUCGUCGAGCAAGCUUUGGAGAACCGAUACCUGAUUCCGAGGCCUUAGUAUGACGAGGAGUUACGGCUCAGUUUGUCCAGCCGACUGUAGCUCCGGACGUUUUUCACGACGCCUUGGUAACCUAGAAACAGUGUUAAAACGGGGCAGAGGGAGGCGCGGUGAGCUGUACAAUGGGUGCAGAAUGUGCAGUGCUGCGUACUACUUGCUCUGGAUUGUGUGUGAUGCGUCCUCUUAAAUGUUUUAGUUCAUUUUAACUUGACAGAGAUACGACACUUCGUUUACUUUUCUUCCUCUCGAUAGGUUUGCUGUUUGCGUCCGCUACGGCGUUGCCGUCGUCGUCAGGCGCCUUUUCAGCCUCGCUUGUCUCUGUACUGCAUCCAGUAGAAGGACGCAGAGGAGGAACAAACAGAAAGCUACCUUCCAGCAGCGAUAUUUCCCAGAAAAGACACUUUUAUCCCCCUACCAUUACGUCACAUACACGUGUCCACUUAUUUAUACCAAAAUGGACGCUGCUUGUUAAAACAUGCAAAUUGAAUCAUUCACUACCAUUGCUGACGCAUGCAUAGUGUCCUUCAUAACUGACGGCACAGUUGCAGUAAGCUAGAAUCCAAAAUUUAGUUGCUGGAACCAGCAUCAAGGAGUGUUAAGAGCUGGAUGUCCGAAUAGCAGAAAGGAUAUAUUAUAUUAAAACAAAAUUUUAGUUCUUUUACUGCGACGCUUUUUAUGUGUCACCACGUUCAGUUUUUCUGUUGCCUGUCCAAAGUGUUGUUUUUUGUUAUCAGAUGUUUAAAAUUUAUAUCGUGACAGCAGCGCAGGUGGUGUUUCCACGCAGAGAUUCUGUUACAAGGGCUGCAUUAAACGUCAAAGAAACCUACACAAAAUGUCUAAUAAACAAAAAUUCACGAAUUCGGAACUACGACAUAAUUGGUAAUUUUUGAUACGGCAGAAUUCGUUAUCACGAAGGAAGGGAUAAGGGUGAUGAAAUAUUUAUCGGUGUUAUUGGUGAGCUGGCUCGAACGUGCAUGUUACUUGACGAUGACGAGGUAGUUUGUCUGGCCAGCAGAGGAGUACAGACAUGAAAAUUUUGGGAGUUACUGUCAUUCAAAUUUAUGAGGAAAAUUUCGUGACUGGGCAUAUCCUUCCGGCGAGAAGGCAGCGCUAGUCCUUCGGCGCUCCUUGCACGCUUUGUUUCAGAUACGCUGAGUGCAAACUUUGACAAUUAAUAUUUCAAUCUGUGCGUGAAUUCUAGAUUUAAAGAAUUGGGCAGGUGUUUAAAAGCGACUGCGCCCAUUUCUGUCAUAUCAACAAUUAUCAUAAAUAUUGGAGUUUAAAAGUUAAUUAGUGAGCUUUUGGGUAAUUACACAUUUUGUGUAGUUUUCUUUCUGGUGUUUAAUGCAGCCCUUGUAUUAGAAUAUCUAUUUGAAAACAUCAUAUGCACCACUUUCAGAGUAUGACCAUCAAAAAUCUAUUACCGAAAAAAAGGAACCCUGCAUAUAAGCGCCAAGGUUACUGACAGCGAUUGUAGCUGGUGAUGGGUAUUGCACGCAGAGAGACAGAAGCAAGGAAAGGCAGCCAGGCACACGGCCGGUUUGCUAAUGAAACCGAUAGGUUGGCAAGUUUGUGCGGAUUCAUGGGUGACUGAUGCAGCGUUACAGGAAUGUGACAAUCGGUGGAACAGUUCACGCGCCAUUGUCUUGUCGGCCUCAAGUGCAGUUCUUGCAAAGUGUAGCUUUUAUACGCUACUAAGAAGCUUGGCGGGCCAACUAAAAGAAUUUUAUACACGCAAAUAGUCACUUGUGAAAAAGUUAGGCGUAGCGAGAUAGUAAGAGCCCUAUAAUUCCUUCCUACACCUUGCGGAAUUCCGCUGAACAGAUUUUCAGAAAUGCAUAUGUUUGAUGAACUUUCGUGCAAAUGCAGCUUUUUGCCGUAUGCUUCUUAUUUGCUCCAUGGCACUUGGUUUCGAUAGCAUUGCAUUUUUACAGUUCUUAUCGUACUUUAGUGUUUGCUCUAUGCGCACACGUUGGAAUAUAUGCCAAAGAAAGCUUUAGGAAGGUGGUGU